CCGCUGGCCGGACGCUGGCCACGCCCCUUUCCCAGCUGCGGCGCCGCCGCCAUGUUGGGGGGGGGAGGAGAGGCGGAGUUGUUGCCAUAAAGUGAGCGACCGGAGUGGUAGAGCGGAGCAGCGCGGUAGAGGCUAGGGGUGGGUGGUGCAUGGCGCUUGGGAAGGGGCGGCUCCGUGGGAGAAGAAGAGAAGAAACAGUCGUUGGCGCUCAGUUGUUUCCUCGCCAUAGAGUUCAAUGGCGGAUGCUGGGGUUACUGGCGGUGGCGAGAUAGAGCCGGAGCAGCUUCAGCGGACGGAGAAGAACGACCGGGGCCUCCUCGGCGUGGAGAGCAGCGGCGCAACAGCAGCAGCUGAGGACAACACACAAAAUGGCGGCCGCUCUGAUAGUACCGCUGAGGAGGCGCUGCUGGUGGCUGCUACAGAAGAGAAAGCCCCCCCAAAUCUCAGCAGUAGCCAGAGGAAGAGCAGCGUCUCCACGGCCCAUGAACAGCAGCCGCUACAACAACCCAGCGACGUGUUGGGGGGUCCUCCCUCUCUCCCCAAGCCCCCUGAAGAUCUGCCUAUUAGGAGGAAUUUUCAGAUCCCCAGGAAGAGCAGAGAAAAGAAAGCACUCUUUCAGCCAGUAGCUAUGGGCUCUCGAGAGUUUGAAGAUGUUGUGAAAAUUUUGCAUUCAUCUUAUUUGGAGUCAGGUUCGGUGACCAAUUUCAAUUACAAAAGAGCCAGCUUAAUCCAUAGUGAGCUGUUGGAAAAGGAGUUCACAGAAAAACGCAGAGAACUGAAAUGUGAUGGUCGCCUAGAAAAAGAGCUUGUUGAAUCCUAUGCGUUUCUGAUGGUUGAUCGACCUCAGGUGCAAAAUAUAUGUGAAAAAGGGCUACAAGCGGGCCAUUCCAAAAUAACAAUUCUUGGCAGUCCUUCCAUGGGUGUAUAUCUCUCCAGAUAUGCUGAUUUAUUACAGGCUAAUCCCCUGGAAGCUGGAGCAACUGGUGAUGUGAUUAUUUUUAAAAUAAUAAAGGGAAAAAUGAAAAGCAUAUAUGACCACAUGGGUGUGAAAACAAUGGAAUCAACUGUUAAAAGUGCAUUAGAUCCAACACCAAAGCAUGAGUGCCAUGUUUCAAAGAAUGCUAAUAAAGUAAAUUCCUUGUUGGCUUAUAGAGCAUAUGAGCUUACUCAGUACUACUUUUAUGAAUAUGGCUUUGAUGAAAUAAGACGAAGACCAAGACAUGUGUGUCCAUAUGCUGUUGUUUCAUUUGCUUAUAAGGAUGAAAUGGUACAAGUACCAAAGUUUUUGCCCCCAUCAAGGUCAAACAGCUUUAAUACAGACAGAAGCACAGAUAAGACUAAUUACACCUUAUGGAGAGGUCAGCUUUUGAAUAAAGGGAAGCUUUUAUGCCAUGCUGCUUUGAAAUCUGCAACACGUCCUUUCCUUCCAUGUAAACUUCCUGAGAAGCUUAAUAUUGAAACUGUUAUGAGCAUUGAUCACCUAAAGAAGAAAAUUGCACCAGCAUUGUUUUAUAAAGAAACUUAUCUAGGGGCAAAAGAAGUGUGUAAGAGUGGAAUGUACUGUAGCCUUUAUGAAGUUGUGGAAAAGACCAGGUCUGGAAGUAACUUGGAAGGCUUACUUCAAAAACUAGAGAAAGAGAAAUUAGUUCUUGUUAAACCACUUGGGGACAGAGGAUAUCUUUUUCUUCUUUCUCCUUGGCAAAUGACCUCCCCAUAUGAGCACCAAACUGGAAGGUCCCGCAUUCUACAGGCAUUGUUUCUAUUUCAGGAACCUAGAGGUAUAGUGACUUCAACACAAAAAAAUGUUCCCUUCACAGCACAGAAAAGUUCAGCUACAUCAGUACAGCAGGAAAACCGUGAGAUUAUGCCAAAGCUCAUGAAGUUCAUUCAGUCACUACACUUCGCUUUAAUUCAGUCUCGUAAAGACACUACUGCAGACUUCAAUACUGUUGUGGAAAAGCAUAUAAACGAAUAUUUGAAGCGAAGCAUUAGUGGGUCUAGCAAAUAUAGGGAGUUUGUAUUAUACCCUUAUGAAUCACGGCUGGAUGACAGAAAAUUUUUGUAUCCUGCUCCAAAAAACAAAUCCCAUAUUGACAGCUGCUUGCGUAAUUACAUCUUUGGUGCUGAAGCCUAUCAACUGCCUGUUUCUAAAGCAAAAGAAUUGAUGGAGGGAAAUCAGAAAGUUCAGCAGUUCAGUCCCAUUUCAGAUUAUGAAGCCCCAGAAGAAGAAACUGACUUUGCAAAUGCAAAAACUGGGAAAAGAAAUGGUUCUAAAUGUGAUGGUGCUGCUGCCAAGCAAAAACCCCCUCAUCCUGGGGACUAUGAUCCUGAUAGACUCAAAGAGCUAAUUAAUUUAAUUCAGUGCAAGAAAAAAAAUGUUGGUGGAGAAUCUGAUACAGAAGACACUAGAAACAAAAGUGGACUGAAACGAAGACUACACAGUCAUUCUGAAAAUCUGCGGAAGCAUUUAAAAAUGAGUGAAUCUUCAGAAAUUAGUUGCCAGUAUGAAGGAGGAAGAACCUCAGAAUCGCCACAGUCUGUUUUCUCAAUAAUUACCGGUCUUGGUGGACAUGACACUGACUUGAGACAACAAGAUGUAUCAGACCCUGCAGUUACAGACACACAUGGUCUCAUUAAGUUGCUCUUAGAAACACUAGCUAGUGCAGGACACUUGGAUUCGUCAUUGGCACGGUCUGUUAACCAAGCUUUAGGAUUGGACACUGAUGAAAUGGAGAAUUUAAGGCAAAAACAUGAAUAUGAAUCAAUUCCAGCACAGGAUAAGGAAGAACAUGUGCUUUCUAAUAUUGCACAAGCUGAAAAUGUAAACUUUAAGGAUCCACAUAGCCCAGUGAUGUUGGAAACGGAAGCAACAUGUUUAGCCUAUCCUACAGAUGUUGACCUAAGGCUUUCUGCUAGUGAAGUAGGCAUUGACCAUACGCUGCGUAUAAAAGAACCAAGUACUGGAAGUGUUAGUAGCUUUGAUGACUACAGCCCAUGUCCUAGCACUCCUAUUGAACAUGCUUAUCGCAGGCAACAUUCUAGUUCAAAUAACAUAGGAGAGGUUGGAAUACACUGGAAGCUGAUUCCAAUUACAGGAGGGGCAGGAAGAGAUCCAGAGGAUCAACUGGAAAAACAUGGAGAUAACCAAACAGACAUACAAAAGGGGACAAAAGAAGAUGGAUUGUAUACAAGUCACAUGGAGAAAAAUGAAGAUCAGCGUGCACUAACGGAGCACCCUCUUGCAUCUAAGCACUCCAUAAGUGGAAUAAUAGAGUCUACAUUAUUGGAAGAAUACAAUCUCUUUGCAAGAAAGGUUCAGGAGAUUUUGCAGCAGAAGAAUAUUGCAUAUGUGAGUGGAAUGUCCACUCCUGUCUUUUCAGCCCAGGAGAGGGUAAUGAGACUUUCUCAAUACAUACAUUUACAGGCAUCAGAAAUCUCUGUCCAAGAGUAUAUAGAGAGGCUGAGUGAAAAGCUGAAUAGUGUUGCUCUGUCAUUUUCAUGUGGUAGGCAUACUCCACCUCUUAAUUCUAGUCCUGAUCCAGCAGGAGAUGCUGUAACUGAGGCUCAGUUGAAUCCUCUACCAGAACAGGGUGUAUCUGUUUCAAGUGACUUUGAUACUGCGCUGUUAUCAGAACCACUGUGUAACAGUAUUGUGGAGGAGCCAAACUGUAAUGAGCAGCAUUCAUCAAUGAACUUAACCAUAGUGAAAGAGGAAAUGGACCAUGUUACUGCCAUCACAGAGGUUUUACUGACAUCUGAUAAGAACACUUCCAGUGACGAUCCACUGGAGCCACCAGAAAAGACUCAGAAAUCACCAGAAAACUUGAACAUUUCAACCCAACCAGCACUCUCUGAUUUUAUAAGCCAGUUAAAACCUGAAGUAUUCAACAGCUUGGUCAAAAUCAUUAAAGAUGUACAGAAAAACACUGUGAAAUUUUACAUUCAUGAAGAGGAGGAAAGUAUUCUCUGCAAAGAAAUACAGGAAUACCUUACAAAAUUGGGUAAUACAGAAUGCCACCCAGAACAAUUCUUGAAAAGAAAAGCUACUUUAGACAAACUAUUGAUAAUUAUUCAAAAUGAAGAUAUUGCUGGCCUCAUCCAUAAGAUACCUGGUUUAGUAACUCUGAAGAGGCUUUCAUGUGUCAGCUUUGCUGGUGUUGAUAGCUUGGAUGAUGUGAAAAACCACACUUACAAUGAAUUGUUUGUGUCUGGUGGCUUUGUUGUGUCUGAUGAAUCUGUUCUUAAUCCAGAGUCUGUCACAGUUGAUAAACUUAAAAAUUUCCUGAAGUUCCUUGAGGACCUCAAUACACCAGAUGGGAAAUGGCAGUGGAAAGUCCACUGUAAAAUACAAAAAAAACUCAAGGAGCUUGGGAGAAUGAAUGCUAAAGCCUUGAGUCUACUGACACUUCUGAAUACCUAUCAGAAGAAACACAUGGUUGAGAUUCUGUCAUAUCAUAACUGUGACUCUCAAACGCGAAAUGCUCCAGAAUUAGACUGUCUUAUCAGACUUCAGGCUCAGAAUAUACAACAAAGACAUGUUGUCUUCUUAACAGAGAAGAAUGUCAAAACAUUUUCAAAUUAUGCUGAUAAUGGAAUAGUAGUUGCUACAGUUGAUGACUUUAUGCAAAACUUCAAAAACCUCGUUGGCUACCACAAUUCAAUUACUGAAGAAAACAACCUUCCUUCACCUGGUGUUCCUGAAAGACAAUCAGUUUUUGUAGAAAGCGAUGAAAAGGACGAGGAAGACAUGUCUUUGGAUUCAGGGGAUGAAACAUCACAAAUAGAAAUCUGCAGUGAUGCCUCAAAGUAUGAUUCUCAUUCAGAAGCUUUGCAGACAGAGACCAAAGGCUCACAUGGAACAGAUUCAAAAGAAAACUCUCUAACCGAUAUGCAGCUGUCUUCUGAAGGACAAAUCGGGUUGAUGAUGGAAAAAACUUCUAAACUUGAUUUGGAGGAGAUACAGCCAAUAACUCCUGUUUCUACCACAUGCUCUGCUGAAGGAGACAAAAACAAUUCAGUAGAACAAGUUCCUUUCAACAACUUUCAAGUUUACAGUAGACAAUUAAGUAUGUCCCAUCAGUUCAGUCAUUUUAAUGUUCUCACUCAUCAGACUUUUCUGGGAACAACAUACCCAAUUUCCACAAGUCAAAACCAAGAAGGUGGGAAUUAUUUUCUGUCUGCUUACAGUCAGAGCAUGGAUACAGACAAGUCAACUUCUCCUAGUAAUUGGGAUGUAAAUUGUGAAUCUUCCAGGCCAUAUUCAAAAUAGAAAUAAACACAAAACUAAAACUUUUUAUAGGUUUGUUGUGGACUUCUUUCUGUUUCUAAAAAAGUGAAUUAACAGUUUCUAUUUUAUUCUCUGAACAAAAUGUUUGUCGUUUAACUCAAAUGUUUCCCUGUCUUAUUUAAAUCAUGAUGGCCUGUACUAGUUGAAGCAUCUGAAAAUUGAAAUAAAUAUAUAUUUUUUAACAUUUAUUGUAUUUGAAUUAUCUUGUUUUGUUGGCACUUUUAAGUUUUUACAUUUGUAUUUGACCUGUACGUAGACUUCAGUUUGAAGUCUGUUUUAAUGUAAAACUGAAUGUUUGCCUAAAGCAUGUGAAAUAGCAAAGCUUAAUUUUUAAGUAAACUGUAAUAGAGUAUCCAAGCCACCUGUCUUUAAAUGAAUAUAAAAACUGUUAUGUAUGUAUUUGAUUGACAUUGGACGCAAAUUUUGUACAAAAUGUUUUUACAUAGGGAUAAGGCAGUGUAGUUAUUUUAAUGAAAAAAUAUAUAUAAUACUGGAUUUUGGCUAAAUACCUCAAUUAGAUCAACCGAUGGUGCAGUUCCAUUUAAAAAAAAUAAACUUUUCAUGCACAUGGGAUUUAGUAGCAACUUGAUUUGUUUUUAUAUCCUGUUUCUAAAAUAUAGAAAACUGAUGCUGCAAAAUUUAUUUCAUUACCAUUUUUGUGUGCAUCUAAUCUGUUUAGUACCUUUUGCUUAUCACAACUGCAUAGAAAUAGCCCUACAGUUUUAAAGUUCGGUAUCUUCUUAUAAAUGUACAGAUGGCAGACAGCUGAUUUUGUUUUGUCUUAACUCAAACUACCUAUAGUAGUGUUAACGGGUAGACACUAACAGUACUUUUAGGCCCUGAACUUCUGCUAAAUGUGGCAAUGCCACUAAAAUGAAUAUCCUCCAUGAGAGUUUGUUUACUGUUCUCACCCUUUCCUUUUAAAAUUGUACUAGAUUUUUGUCUUUUUCCUCCCUGGAACAUUUUUCUGUAGUAACUCAAUUAUUGACGCACAAAUGUCAAUGCUUUCCUUGUGCAGUCUUGUGAAUACUAUAGAGAAGAUUUCCAGAAAAUACUAUAUGGAUGGUAAAACACAAACUGGCGUACUACCAUUUUGUGUGUGUUUUUGUUUUAAUUAGGUGGCAGUGGACUUUAACACUAAAGGGUAGUAUAAGAAAACUAAGGCUUUUGGGGGGUAGGAGGGGUUGGUUGGUUUGUUUUUGUUCAAGACAGUUUAUUUUUGUUGCAGUCAGUUUAGGUUUUAGUAUAGGCAAGGGACAGUUGGUUGUUUUUUGUUUUUGUUUUAAAGGCAAAAUGUGGUGAUUAAGCCACAAAUGACAAGUGCACUCGCUACUUAAACUAUUUUUUUUUUAAAGCGAAUUUCAAGCUGGUACUCAUUUUUAAAAUACUCACUUAAUGCAUCUUAAGUAAACACUUUUACAAAAAGAUGACUUUUACAAAUAGAAGAAAAGCUCCUGCUCAUUCAGAAUAGGGCAGCAGCGCAGAAAUAUAUGGAAACAGAGGCUAUUCAGGCAAUCGGGUGCUGGCAGUCUAAUGCAAGCCGAACAUGUGUAAGACCGCAGAUGGAAAAUCAACAUUAAUCAGUUGUGUUCUCAUUUCAGAUAUGGGACAGCCAGCUAUACACACACGGGUGUGGAUCUGUGGGCACAGUAUUGUUUUGGGUGCAUAGGCACGCAUCCAGGUUGCCCGAGGGCUCCCAGCUGGGAUUCGGUGGUGAAGCAUUACUCACUUGGCACGCACGGAGGGGCAUGUUAUGGGAUCAACUGAUACCGCUGUUGUAUGCUGUGCGGGCACAUCAGCAGCCACCGGAUAUAUUGGUGAUAUACCUGGGAGAAAAUGAUCUGGGAACACUUAAAGGGGUGGAGUUAAUGCUUUGAAUGAGGAGGGACCGGGCGCAGAUCCUGGGAGUUUUUCCAGGCGUUAACGUCUGAUCAAAUAUGCUUCAGUGAAGGGUCUGGCUGGGAGCCAUGAACCCUGCCAGGGUGGACAAAACAAGGAAAUAUGUGAACAGGGAAGUGGCCAAACUCUUACUGCCCUUGAGGGGAAGAGUAAUUUCACAUCCUGGCAUAGUCUAUGGGGCACCCAGAGUUAUUUCGGGAGGAUGGGGUGCACUUGUCAGGCUCAGGUGCUGACAUAUUUUUGGCUGAUAUAAAAGAGGGCAUUGGGAGAUGUCUGGGAACCCAGCUGAAUGUGGGGAGGAGGCAGCCAAACUAAUGGCUGGUGCCUCCUUGUGGUGGAUGUUCAGUGCAGGUACUCCAUAAAUUAAGGCACAAAAGAAUGGCUAAAUGGCUUGGAAAAGGAAUUAAGGAGAGGGGCUUGGUAACUGAGCAAGUUGGAGGCAAUUAGGAACUCCUCUGAUUGGUUUGGUAUAGCAGGCAGCCAACGCUGUCCCCCCGCCAUUGUUAUAGUCCAUCUUAACCACUCCUACAGGGAGGUAGUCAGUAAGGUCCUGGCAAGGGAAUUGCUGGAGAGACCUGGAUGGGGGGAGGGAGCUGGUGGAAGCCCCUCCAGAAUUGGCUGGAAUUGGAGGUUCCUGGCAGUGGAUCUGCUGGAGGGACAUGAAUGGUAAAAGCACUUCCCCCUGCCUCCCCGGGUUAAUUAUGGGAGUUUCACCUGCACUGCACAUUUUAUCCACCGGGUUAGUCCUAGACACCUAAUAAUAAAGUUGCAGCCUGAUUAAACCC